UUUGGUCGCUGUGCCCGCCGGCCGAUGCCAGCUUUUGCCUGGGAUCCGGCACAGCCCCGAUGCCUGCGCCCAUCUGAGGGACGCUGCCUUGCUCUGGAGCCACCCGUGAGUGGUGUUCGGGUGUGGGUGAGUGUCCCUCCAGGAGCUGCCUGGCCCCCGGGGAGCGGGGCGAGGGACAGGGUGACCCCAGGCAGCUCCUGCCUGCCUCGGGGCAGGUCAGCAGCAUUGCCUCCCAGCUGCUUCCACCGUGCUGCUGCCCGCACCGCCGCCCAGCACCGUGCACCCUGAGCCGGCAGACACUUUUCCCCUGGGAAGCAAAAACACACACGCAAGACCCACGGAGGAGAGCUGUGCGCAGCCCUGCGUUCAACCGCCCGCUGCCUGCUGGCAAACGCCUGAAACAAGCCCGGCCGGCCGUCGGGAGAGGCUGAGAGAUGGCCGAAGGGGAAAUCACUACCUUCACCGCCCUGACCGAAAAGUUCAACCUUCCCCUGGGGAACUACAAGAAACCCAAACUCCUGUACUGCAGCAACGGGGGCCACUUCCUACGGAUCCUCCCAGACGGCAAAGUGGACGGGACCAGGGACCGCAGCGACCAGCACAUUCAACUCCAGCUAAGCGCGGAAAGCGUGGGAGAGGUGUAUAUAAAGAGCACCCAGUCUGGGCAGUACCUGGCGAUGGACACCAAUGGGCUGCUCUACGGCUCGCAGUUACUGGGUGAGGAGUGCCUGUUCCUUGAAAGGAUCGAAGAAAACCAUUACAACACGUACACCUCCAAAAAGCACGCAGAUAAGAACUGGUUUGUAGGUCUGAAGAAGAAUGGGAACAGCAAGCUGGGGCCGCGGACUCACUAUGGCCAGAAGGCGAUCCUCUUCCUCCCGCUGCCCGUCUCAGCCGACUAAGACCUGUCCUGGGAGCUCAGAGACAACCCGAACCCCAAAACCCAACUGCUGCCUCCUCCUUUUCCCUCGCUGGCUCUCUUUGGCUAGUAUGACAGAGCCAAACGUUAGAACUCCGAGCUUUAGGUAAAUGCAUUACCAAAAAUAGACGAAGCAGAGCUCCUCUGCCCUGCACGAAGCUUUGCAGAGAUGAGGGGAAAAGCCCUGACCCCCCCACCAAGGUCCACCGGCAUCCCCACCUCCCCCUGCCCUCCGCCGUCUGUCGGUGCAUGCCGUGACCACGCUGCAGCUCCCGGGGACACGCACAGACCUGCCCCAGCCAGGCACCCAGAAACGUGGCCAAGGGCACCCCAAGGACACCCCAGUUACCAGAGAAAUGCACGCUUUUACUGGCCCCAGUCAUUCUAAGGCAAAACCUCCCUGGAUGCUCUGUGUUAACAUAUUUAUCCACCUAAGUACGUAGCUUCUAAUAUGCCCUUCAAGCAAUUUCAGACUGCGCCAUCAGUCACGUUAUCGAGUGCCAGCCUGGUUAAAUGCUUGCCGAUAUUCUUGGCGUAUUAAGCUAAAGUAGCAUCAGCCAAAAGCUCCAAGCCCUAGACAUCCUAGCCUCCCUUACAACAUGAAUAUUGCUGUAUUUCAUGCUAGUACCUGCCAUAUGUUAUUUGUACUUAUUUAUUAAGUAAAUAUGUGUCUCUCCUACAAUCUGUUCAUAAGUAAUUCUAGGCACCGAAGCCCCUUGACGUUGUCCCAGUGAGGACGGGGCAGAGUGGGAAUGACUAAGGUCUGAGGUUGAGGGUGUGAUGGUGCAGCAGGAAUGGGCUGCAUGAUGGUGGCAGUGCAUCGCACUCCAUUCCCAGGGGGCUUCCUCAAAACAGGCUCUAAAUGGGCUAAAUGGGGCUCCAAAAAUGGCACUGGGGCCCCUUGGUGACUCCCAAACCCUCUGUGCAGCUGGAUUUCUCCUCUCCUGGCACGAAGCAGAUCUCCCGAGCAGUUGAAGAGCUGCUCCUGCCAGGCUCGUCUUCUCCAUCCGCCUCGGGCACUUGCAGAUGCCUACGGGGACGGGGCACGACCUGCACGGGGGGGACAGCUCGGCCCAGGCACUGCUGGGGCAAAGCCCUGCUGAGUCAGCGCUUCUCUAAUCAGUUCUUCCUGAGUGGCAAGUGCAUUUUACCGUACAGUGAGUUUCCUCAUGUGUAGACUAGCCCAAAGACUCGAAGUAACCUUUUCUGGUGAUAUUGCAUUAACAAGUAAAUUAGGAGUAGGUUUAACUCCGUUGCACCCGUGUGACUUGUCACAGCCGGGCUGUGGUCGCGGGUGAGGUGUACGCAGAGACGUGGCCAGGGGUGCCACGGUCGAUGGGACGGAUUCAGCAGCCGAGGAAGCAAAAACGCAGGAGUCCUUCAUUUAUGCAAGGCUGGAGCUGCGGCAGUGCCGGGCAGCCCGUCCUCCGGCAUCGCGGCAGGGGGAACGCUGCCGAAACUCACGUUCGGCUCAGUCCUCCUGGUGUUCUCGGAUUGAGGUUUCGAGCUGUGAAUAAAAUAUGCUGGUACAACAAAGUUUGAUAUGAAA